AUGACGGUGAACGACACCAAAGCAGCGAUUCGCAGCUUCAGGGCUUGCGUGAAGGAGAAGGGAGCAUCAUCUUGCGUUGGCGAGCGCAAGGUGGUUGCGGAAGGCCUUGCAACCGCCGUCAAGAGCGAAUGCUCGCCCUAUGUGGAGGACUUCUUCGCCUGCUUCUCACACCGCUACCAGCUGAGCUCCUGUGGUGACGCCACGGUCUCCAAGCUGCUGAAGUGCCAGGAUCAAUUUGCGGGACAGCUGAUGGCAGGCAAGUGA